AUGUCCCGCCCCGAAGAUACCCUUGCCGCCGACGUCCACUACAACGACGCCGAGGCCCGCAAGUAUACCACCAGCUCCCGUAUCCAGAACAUCCAGGCCUCCAUGACGCGUCGCGCCCUCGAGCUGCUUGACCUGCGCGGCCCCUCGCUCCUCCUAGACGUCGGCUGCGGCAGCGGCCUGUCGGGCGAGAUCCUCUCGGCCCUCGACCCGGCCGACGGCGGGCCCCACACCUGGGUCGGCAUGGACCUCGCACCCUCGAUGCUUGACGUCGCCCUCGAGCGCGACGUCGACGGCGACCUCCUCCUCGCCGACAUUGGCCAGGGCGUCCCCUUUCGCCCGGGCUCCUUUGACGCCGCCAUCAGCAUCUCGGCCAUCCAGUGGCUCUGCAGCGCCGAGUCCUCCGACACCUCCCCCACCGGUCGCCUCUCCCGUUUCUUCAACGGCCUCUACGCCGCCCUCCGCCGCGGCGGCCGCGCCGUCUGCCAGUUUUACCCCAAAAAUGACGCCCAGCGCGCCCUCAUCACCCAGGCCGCCGUCAAGGCCGGCUUCGGCGCCGGCAUCCUCGAGGACGACCCGGGCACAAAGAACGUCAAGCUCUACCUCGUCCUCACCGCCGGCACCAGCCCCGUCGACGGAAAGUCCUCGGACAUCACCGGCGUCGUCGCCGGCAUGGACAAUGUCGACGUCCUCGACGCCCGCAAGAGGGUUAAGACCGGCCCCGCCUACGUCAAAAAGGGGAGCAAGGCCUGGAUCGUCAAGAAAAAGGAGCAGAUGGAGCGCAAGGGCAAGGUUGUCAAGGCCACCUCAAAGUACAGCGGGCGCAAGCGUCGCACCGCCUUUUGA